AAAUACAAAUACAUGCAACUCAAAAUGCGCGCCGUAAUUGAACCAAUAUAAAGAGAAACAGAACAUUUUCAAAAUGAGUGUGAAGAUGACGAAGUAUAAGCACGCCGAGUUUGCAGACGAUGACACAAGUGUCGGAAGUGUGCAGUUCGGGGAAGGGAUAACGAGCAGUGCGACGCACAUAAGGUACUACACGAGUACGAGCAUGUGGAAGAAGCGUUCUUUGUUAGAGAAGGCCUUGUUGAUUUUGGUGGUUACGUUAACUUUUGUUAUUAUGGUGCUGGCUUUCUUACUGGCGGCGGCCGAUACACGAAUUCGCGAGGGCACGGUCUUAAACGUGGCAACGAAUGUGGCGCAUAAGCCGUGUCUGACCAAGAAUUGUAUAGAAAUUGCCAGUUCGAUUCUGCAGGCGAUGGACACGGCGGCCGAUCCGUGCGAAGAUUUUUACUCGUACUCGUGUAACGGGUGGAUCAAAAAUAAUCCAAUACCGGAAGGUAAAAGUAAUUGGGGUACGUUCAUGAAACUGGAACAGGAGAAUCAGCUUGUUGUUAAACAUGUUCUGGGUAAGUCGAUUAUAGGCUCGCGAAAUGACCGACAGUACAAACUCGAAACCUUGCAACAAGUCAUAUAA